CGUGGUUCGAAUGGCGCUCGUGAGUCUUCCGUCCCACGCAUAUGCAGCAGGUAGAUAUGCAUACAAACAGAACUGACAAAUCCAGUAUCGAGAGCGACCGAGAUCGAUUCCCGCGUGGGAUGCGUGCUUGACGGAGCAAUUGUCUACUACGAAGAUGGCCACAAGACUCCAUGUGGCCCACGGACUAACCGGCGAGGCGGCAGAAAACACCGUUUUGGUCGGUCAACGCAAGAAACUCUCAUUUAAACAAAAUCGUCUUUGGCUAAUUGCGAUUGCGCGUUGGACAGGCGGCCUCGCAUCCGAAAGAUUCCCUAUCCCGCCGGGCGACGAAAUCACAAAAGUCGAAAUCGGCGUCGAAAGUUACAUGUUGAACGGUCUUCGCUUCCACAUGUCUGGUGGCACAUCUGGUGGACAUCUCGACGAGAACACCCCUGUUCACACUCUUGAACCCUCCCCCGGCCACAAAAUUGUCGGUUUCUACGGCUGGAGCAGAUGGGGCCAGAUCUUCAACGAGGUCAUGGAGUUCGGCAUCAUCACUGCGCCAGGCGAUAUAAAUGAUCUCCCUGAGAUUAUAUACGAUAUGCCGGAGCUGCGGAAUAGCAAUGGUGGGAAUGCGGAUGUGAGUUGAGUUUUUGUUUGAUACUGUGGUGGGUUUGAGAAAUGACGGCUCUGAUGUUUUUGUAUAGGCUGGUGAUGUGAUGUUUUAUGAUAGUGAUGGAGGUGAGAGUGUAGAGUGGAUACGAGGAUGAGGAUGGGGAUAGUGACGGGGAUGGUACUGUGUAUUGACUUGGGAUUUCUGGUAUCUGAGUCUGUUCGAAAUAUAGGGAUUGUAGGCGUUGACUUUGUACUGUAGGCUAUACUACUGAGUACGCUACCCCUUCAUAUAGGAGGUUCUCUCUCUCUGUAGUAGCUCCUUAUGCAACUGCAAUUCUGACAGAGUCAAUGUAGUAAGGGUCAUUCUUAUUUCUUUUGUUCUUGCCUCAGCUGUUGUGCGGGGCGCUUGGGUAUCUGGGUGUCUUUCGGGUUUCGUGUGAUAGAUGUCCUUGCCAGGUCGACGGAAUAUCAUUUUUCUGAUUAUAAUACUGGGACUUGAAGGGAAUCUGUAUCGGGGGUUGGGGAGC